AUGACUGAAGAGGAAGAUGAAAGUUGUCAGCAGAAAAUAUCAAACACCCUCCACACACUGGGCUGUCAUCACCCAGAAAUAGUAUUAUCCGCCUGUCAUGACUAUCUAUCCUACAAGAGCACUCAGACGGCUCCACAGGGGGCUGUAGUCUUGGAGACCAUGACAAGGAUUAUCAAAGACACCCUUGACCAAAUUAGCCAGGCAGUAGCGCAGCAACUUAUCUCUUUGGCUGUACUGUGGAUGACAACGUCAGAAGCCAAAUCUGAGAUCCAAGAAGUUGCAAGCAAUCUCUUGGCUGCCAUGAGCUUCAGGUUUAUAAAUGAAAUUGUCCAACUGAUGAUGGAGAAUUUCAGACAAGGUCACCUUCCACAUGUGUACAAGGUAAAGACAUUGACCAAAAUGUCAACAGAAAAUGUGUAUGGGAUGGUGCCCUUCCUCAAAGCUAUCUUGACUACCAUGAUUCCGGUUCUCAUUAAAGUUAGAGAGGAUGAGCUGAAGUCUGUAUUUGCCUCAGCAAUAGGUAGUUUCAGCAAGAGCAUCCUGAUCUACCUAGGAAAUAGUGAGAAAGGUGCAGACCCUACAAUCACCAAAGAGUCUUUCUCUCCUGAGAUCAGCAUUGUCUACAGUCUCUUGUUCAAGGUGUUGCUUGAGAAGGAGCCCUCCAAGUUCUACAUCCCCACAGUAGAAGCUCUUGGCUAUGUCAGCAACCUACUGCCCAAGGACAAACUAGAGGAAGAGCUGCCCAAGUUAAUUCUAGGCAUCCUGACUCUCUAUGAGAAACAGGUGGGGCAUUUUUCCAUCACAGAGAGUCUGUGUCGGGUACUGGAACUUGCGACAGAAAUGAGGCAUGUCGGGCUGAAGACACUGAUGGACAAUCUAUUCAACAGUCUUCACCGGCAGAUCUGCCAGUCAGUGGAUCUUAAUAACCAACUUGUCACCAAGAGCCACACUGCAGCCCUUUGCUGUUUCACAGUUCUGGCAUCAACUUACACAGAUUCAGUGGUUAACUUUCUCUUGGGGAAGUUAGAAAAUUUUGAUCAGCAAACGAGAGCAGGAACACUUAAUGUGUUGAGACACCUCAUCAGCUCCCUCUCCUCACAGCUGGAGGGACAGAAGACACGGAUCGUGGAUGCAAUAAAACCAAUCCUUCCAGACAAGAGCAGCAAUAUGGAGAAGAAGCAGGUUGCUCAGGUGAUAUGCGCCAUGGCCCAACAAGGAUAUCUUCAGCCAGAGGGAGGAGAGGUAAUGGUGGAAUUCCUUGUCAGGCAGUGUACUGCACCCACUGAUUCACGGAACCCAGCAACAGCCAGCCACCAUACAGAUCAGGUUACAGAUGAAGCUUUGGUUGCAAUAUGUGAAACGGUGAUGUUUAUGAUCACAGAUACAGUGAAGAUGGAAGCUGUUCUCUGGCCAUUCUUAUUGGGAUAUGUCACUAAGACUCAAUACACCAAGGCUUUAACAACAAUCUGUAACUGCAUAGCACAUAUCGCAAGAAGGAAACUACAAGCUAGCAGUGAAAGGUUGUUACCAGCUUAUGAGGAGGAUGCCAAUCUCCCGAAAGCACAGGCGCUUCUGGCCCGGCUCCUCCUGGUGUCGUGUUGCCCAUAUCAGGGAGGAGGCCGAGGAGCUGCUGCACUCCGGCUGAUGCAAGUCCUGAGCUUCAGUAUCCACCCAGCAAUAGUGCCAGAGUGGGAGGAGCAGCUUCCUUCAUUGGCUGACUAUUUACUGGAAAACUCAGAAGCAUCUCUACCACAACAGGAAUGGGAGGAGAAACUGCUGCUAUUUUUUUCUAGGACUCUGAAUACCAUUGACGAUGAGGAAUGGACAAGCAAGCUAAGCGAUGAAAUGUGCAAACAGAUUGACACCAACCCCUGUUGCCCCCAAGAGAAAGCUUUCCUCUAUAAAUCUCUCGGGACGGUGCUCCAUCAGGUGUCCAGUAAAGACAUCAAGGAAGAGCUUCGCCAAAUGUUACAGAGUGUGCAGCAUAGUCAGAGUGCAGAGAGAGAGGGUGUGGCCAUCGCCAUUGGCCUUUGUGCCAUGACCCACUUUGAUGAUACCCUUGGUGGCCUGGAGGAGUUUGCACAAUCCAAUAGAUUGAAGAACAUGAAUACUUUCUUUGAUACACCUCAAGAUAAGCCCAAUGUUAAUGGGGAUAAAGCGAAGAGCACACUGGUCCUCUGCUAUGGGAACAUGGCACUCUACGCACCUCAGGAACUAGCUCUAUCCAGAAUCGAGACCCACAUUCUGCCAGCUGUGAUAAACCACUUUAAUGCUUGUCGGCAAGGGAUAAAGUUUGAAUCCAGAGAUCUCACUUUGAAGCUCAGCCUGAUAAAGGCUGUGACUCUGAUAGCUAGAGCCCUACUUUCACGUCACCAGAUAAUUCCCUUCAAUUUCAGCAGGAAAGGGGAGCUCCUGAGACACAUGCAGCAACUCAUUGAGGCUGAGCCACCAGACCUGCUGCACACUCCUGUUCGACAAUUAGCCAUGAAGGCCUGCACGUACCUCGUACAACUACACACUGAAUCCAGCCAAGCUGACACCUCGCAGCUGAUUCAAACCUGCCUGAUGAGCACUUUCGGCUUGGUGCCUUCCAAGUUGGAGAAGGAUGAGGAUAUGGAUGGUAACACCAAGCAGACUCCAGCACUUUUUGGCCAAACCAUGACUACCCUGCAAGAACUUCUGAAGCAAGUUUUACUUCAGGACCUGACCUCUGAAGGUCUUCAGGUGAUAUUCACACAACUGGAAGAGUGGAUUGUGUCAAGAAAGGACUAUGAAAGAGAGAGAGCACUGGGCACUACUUUAGAGCUGCUGAAAUAUUACCUGGAGGCAUUCUAUGUUAACAGUGUCGCUUCACUAAAAAACUUGGGGUCUCUGAUUGGACAACUGAUGCCGCGCUGUGCAGAUCCAUCACUACCCGUUGGGCAGAUGGCCGUGGACAGCUUGUACAUCAUCCUGACUAUUCAGUUAUUAUAUGAGAGCACCAAUCUAGACCAGCAUAAUGAGGAUCUUGAGCUUCUGAAAGCAGCCAAGGAACAGUUAGUCAAUCGCAACAGUUCCAUUUUCUUCCAAACAUGCUGUCAGAUUACAGGGGUCAUCUCCAAGUGUUUGCCCCAUGAUCAGCUGGGCAACUUGCUCUUUACACUCUUCAAAGGACUGGAUGACCAAUACCUUAGUUGUUCCAGUGCAGCAGCUAUCCUCAUGAAAACCAUCAUGAAAAGACGUGGCAGUGAACUUUGGGACCAGGUCUCAGAAAUCCUUGACGUGCUGAGGGUUCCACUGCAGCGUGUUCCUUACGAGGCGGUGAAACUUUCAGUUCUACGCAGCAUUGCCAUUCUUGCCUUACAUAACCCAGCAACAGUUGUGUCCUGCCUCCUCACUUACCCUGUUAUUUCAGACAAGUACAUCAGUGACAUUUGGAGAUCACUUGCUGAGGAGAGACAAUGUGCCCUGCUGACGAUGACAGAACUGUUGGAGACACUAAACAGACAGCUAUGCUCUGGGGAAAAGAAGGCCUGUUCCAAGAGUGAGAGCCCGACUCAACCAUCUGCCCUUGAAUCCCUGGCACCUGUGUGUGCGUUGUAUGAGAUGAUAACCACACCAGAGUCUGAAGAAACUGUAAUCAAGUUGUUCCCCCAACUAUUCAGCACCCUGCUUAUCCAUCACUGCUCCUUUGUCAAUGUGCGCUUGCCCAAGAUUUUUGUUCCCCAUCAUGAUUUGAAGCAGAGGGAAUUCUCUGCUGAGCCUCAGACACCCAGCAGCAGAGAUGUGUGUGUGAACUGUGUGGACAUGCUAAUAAAGCUGCUGGAUCAGUCAAACCAUCAACAAGUGGUGCACUUCAUGGUGGAAGCUGGAGGUUGGGACCAGAUGAUGGACCUAUGCAAGUCCCACCGGGGGGUUAUACUGCUGGCCAAAGCAAUGGUCCAAUAUGCCGCCCCUAGUCUGCCUGUGAUCGUAGCACAGCUCUCAUUCUUCAUUCUCACUGUGCAAGACUGUCAGAAAGUCACCAUGGCUGCCUUCUUUGGAGAACUUUUAAAGUCUCCACUGGCUUCGCAACUGCAGAUCACGGACAUCCUGAUGAACAGAUUGCUUCGAUGUUUACUUCACACUUCUUCGGUUGUGCAGUUUCUCUGUGUCCGAGGUUUGGGCAACGUUACAUCUGGAGCUCCUUAUGGCAUUGAGAAAUAUUCUCGACCAGUGCUGUGUGCAAUGACAGCACUGAUGAUAAGCGGGGAAAAUGAUAAUGAGGUGCUUAUGUUUGAAGUGCUGUUGUGCCUGUCAAAGUACUUGGAGCAUUUGAGAGCAAAUACCAUCAGACCCUUCAUAUUGAGAAUCUUCACCGGGAUCCAGCCAUUCUUUGAUGCUAAAUGUGAUAAAGUGCGAGCUGAAGCAUUUUGUGUAUUGGGGAAAUUAGCCAGAGGGACAAGCAUACGACCUCGUGGCAACAUCUGCAGUCUAAGCACUGGUACAAGUUAUAUCAAUGUCAGAGCAAGGGACUACAAAGAUGUCAGCAUUACCCAUGCCACAACAGACACCACUCACCGCCCAUCCAAUCCACUUUAUUACCUCCAUCACCCUGGCCCCAAAACAUCAGCAUUGCUGCAGGAAGGUCGACGUCAAAGCUCUGAAGGACCGCAAACAGUAGCUCUUCCUACACAGCACCUCACAAGCAACCUGUCGACUCUCAGUCUACAGGAGUCAAAGAGUGUCCACAGUGUCCGGCUUGCCCUGACGUCUUCCAUAAUUGGCAUCUGCGAAGAAAUUCUUGGCUUCCCUACCAAUGGGAAUGAGAGUGAGGCUAACAAACAGCAAACAUGA